AGACUCGCCGAAGAUUUGGCCUAACUUGAUGCCGCAUAUCUCAUCGGUGUGUUAUGAGCAUUAAUGUUCCAAAUUCUCCUGGAAACGGAUUUGGCAGAUUACCCGAGCCACUUCAGACGGUAGCCGGCGAAUAUUGUCCCACUAACUACCCAGUAUCUCAAACGGCGAACAAUGAAAAGCUGCACACUGGGAGCGAGUUAUACAUGCCACAAGACUACAGGCAAGAAACCUGGUUGCAAGAUGGUAGCAGCUCCGAAACCGAGGACAGCGAGCAAUACGUACCCGAGUUCCAUCAGAUGUCAAGUGCGAGCGUGAAGCAAGAGUCAAGCAAUUGCACAAGAAACGGCGACAAUGGCAAUUAUCAUCCGCAGUAUCAGUCUACAACUGUACCAGUCGCGCACAAUCAAAAUAACGAUUUCCUCGAGAUCAACUCGGACCGUUGCUUUGAGAAUCGAAAGAUAAAUGGACCGGCUAGUAAGAGUACGAAGGACGUUGCCGUGAAAGAGGAACCGACGGACCGAAGCUAUGUAGAGCCACUUCCUAUAACGAACAUAUCAUCCACAGCGUCACAGGAAAAUGCGAACAACCUAAUUUACUCACAACGCCAACAGCAACAAUACGGGAACGUGACAAGGGAUCAUAGAGGAUCGUCACCGCCACCCAGUCGUCCAGCCAGCGCUUCUUCCUCGACUUCCCAAUGGCAGUCGACCUUCUCUGUUUCCUCCGAGGCCUUUCUGCAAAGACAGGAAAGCUGGAAUUCCGAAGCUUACGCGAAAAGAAGCGGCACGCCGACUUGGACUGAACUGGGCACGCAGCUAGAUCCCAGGAGCUCGUCUUGGGAUCGGCAGAAUGGCUGUUAUCAGAAAAAAAGCUCGCCCAUUUCGACUUGGAACCCGGACCACAUUAACAAGAGGCCGUCGUCUGCGACCGGCGUAUCAGCUUGGAGCGACGUCACUGUCGGUUAUCAGCAACAGCGACGUGGUUCCCUACAAUUGUGGCAGUUCCUCGUAGCCUUACUCGAUGAUCCCGCGAAUGCACCUUGUAUCGCGUGGACUGGACGUGGAAUGGAAUUUAAACUAAUCGAGCCGGAGGAGGUGGCACGAAGAUGGGGUGUUCAGAAAAACAGACCGGCUAUGAAUUACGACAAGUUGAGUCGUUCAUUGAGAUACUACUACGAGAAGGGCAUAAUGCAGAAGGUCGCUGGCGAACGAUACGUGUACAAGUUCGUCUGCGAUCCGGAAGCGCUCUUCAAUAUGGCGUACGGUACCGGCGCGUCUUCGGGGAUUAACGGAGAAGUUCCAAGUAGUAUGGUACGGAGCCAUGCGGUGCCCGGGAAAGGAGCGGGCGGCAACGAAGUUCCAGAUUUGAUGAAGCAUCCCGCCACGGGGUAUAGCGACGCGGUUUUCGCCAUGUAUUCGAAUACUGCCGCAGUGUACGGGUCUUCCAGUCUCCAUCAUUUGCAUCAGUACCUCGGGGGUAACGAGGGCUUCAAAACGCCAUCAAGCAGAUAUCACCCCCAUUAUCCCCAUCAAUACAGUAGCAAUCACCACCACCAUCAUCAUCAUCCGGCUCCGAGCUACACCGAGACCUUCCUGAACUAUAGUCGAUUGUCAUCACACGAAGCUGCAUUCGAUUCGAAGGCACAUGAACCGCCAGCGAGAGAUUCGUAUACUCAGGAAACAGAGAGUACCAGUAGGGAACGGGAACCCGUAUCGAUACCGUACGACAACGUGCAGAGAUCGCAAUUACCGGCCUCGACUGUACCGUCGCAAUCCUCGAUACUGGACGGCGCGGCGAGCUCAAAGCUCGAGCAAGCUCCGUAUACGUGUUUAGGCGUUGGAAGUUGCGUCUGUUAAAUAAAUGUGAUCGAAUCUGU